UCAGAUGGCGGCUUGUAUAUCUGCAUGAACACGUUCCUGGGCUUUGGGAAGCAGUAUGUGGAAAAGCACUAUCAGAAAACGGGCCAGCGGGUCUACCUGCACCUCAAAAGGACACGUAAACCGAAGGAAGAAGACACCAACUCCAGUGCUGGGGACCCCCCGAGGAAGAAACCAACUCGCUUGGCUAUUGGUGUAGAAGGCGGAUUUGACAUCACAGAAGAAAAGUUUGAAUAUGACGAAGAUGUAAAAAUAGUAAUUUUGCCAGACCAUUUGGAUAUUCCACGUGAUGGGCUGGAGGGACUACCAGACAUGGUCAAAGACAGGAUUGCCAGUGCUAUUGAGGCCAUCCUGACAGCAGAUUCAGCCUCACGGAAGCAGGAGGUGCAGGCUUGGGAUGGGGAGGUUCGACGUGUUUCCAAGCACGCUUUUUCCCUGCACCAGCUUCAGAACGACGUCCGCAUCCCGCCGUGUGGCUGGAAGUGCAGCAAGUGUGACAUGAAGGAGAACCUGUGGCUGAACAUGACUGACGGAGCCAUCCUCUGUGGGCGGCGCUACUUCGAUGGCAGCGGUGGCAACAACCACGCGGUCGAGCACUACCGAGAAACCGGCUACCCGCUGGCUGUGAAACUGGGAACAAUCACUCCUGACGGGGCUGAUGUCUACUCCUACGAUGAGGAUGACAUGGUGUUGGAUCCCAACCUGGCAGAACACCUGGCACACUUUGGGAUUGACAUGCUCAAGAUGCAGAAGACAGACAAGACAAUGACAGAACUGGAAAUAGACAUGAACCAGCGCAUUGGGGAGUGGGAGCUCAUCCAGGAGUCUGGUGUUCAACUCAAGCCCCUCUAUGGGCCUGGGUACACUGGUAUCCGUAACCUGGGCAACAGUUGCUACCUCAACUCUGUGAUGCAGGUGCUGUUCAGUAUCCCAGACUUCCAGAGAAAGUACGUGGACAAGCUGGAGAAGAUAUUCCAAAGUGCACCUUCUGACCCCACACAGGAUUUCAGCACACAAGUAGCCAAACUGGGCCAUGGACUGCUUUCUGGGGAGUAUUCAAGGCCAGCUUCUGCAGAUGGGGAGCAGCAGCCUGAUCAGAAGGGUAUGCAAAAUGGCAUUGCUCCACGCAUGUUCAAGUCCCUCAUCGGAAAGGGGCACCCAGAAUUUUCCACUAACCGACAGCAGGAUGCCCAGGAAUUCUUUCUGCACUUCAUCAACAUGGUGGAGAGGAACUGCCGCAGCUCGGAGAACCCUAACGAGGUCUUCCGUUUUCUGGUGGAGGAGAAGCUGAAGUGCCUGGCCACAGAAAAGGUGAAAUAUACCCAGCGAGUGGACUAUAUUAUGCAGCUGCCUGUGCCCAUGGAUGCUGCACUCAACAAAGAUGAACUGCUGGAAUAUGAGGAGAAGAAGAGGCAGGCAGAGGAGGAGAAGCAGCCGCUGCCUGAGCUGGUGCGAGCCAAGGUGCCUUUCAGCUCCUGCCUAGAGGCCUAUGGAGCUCCAGAGCAGGUGGAUGAUUUCUGGAGCACAGCCUUGCAGGCCAAGUCUGUGGCUCUCAAAACGACACGGUUCGCCUCUUUCCCAGAUUAUCUGGUCAUUCAGAUCAAGAAGUUCACUUUUGGUCUGGACUGGGUGCCCAAAAAGCUCGAUGUUUCCAUUGAAAUGCCAGAGGAGCUGGAUAUCUCUGCACUGCAGGGAACGGGGCUGCAGGAAGGAGAAGAAGAAAUGCCAGACAUCGCACCCCCACUGGUGACACCAGAUGAGCCCAAAGGUAGCCUGGGGUUCUAUGGCAACGAGGACGACGACUCCUUCUGCUCCCCUCACUUCUCCUCUCCGACAUCACCCAUGCUGGAUGAGUCGGUGAUAAUCCAGCUGGUGGAAAUGGGCUUUCCCAUGGAUGCCUGCCGCAAAGCCGUGUAUUACACAGGGAAUAGUGGGGUUGAGGCAGCCAUGAACUGGGUCAUGUCACAUAUGGACGAUCCAGACUUUGCUAACCCAUUAGUUCUCCCUGGAUCCAGUGGACCAGGGUCAACUAUUGCCUGCCCAGACCCUCCUUCAGAAGACAGUGUGGCCACCAUUGUCUCCAUGGGCUUCUCCCGGGACCAGGCAAUGAAAGCGCUUAGAGCCACGAACAACAGUUUGGAGCGUGCUGUGGAUUGGAUCUUCAGUCACAUUGAUGACCUCGAUGCAGAAGCUGCUAUGGAUAUCUCAGAGGGGCGCUCGGCAGCCGAGUCCAUCUCUGAAUCCGUCCCUGUGGGUCCCAAAGUGCGCGAUGGGCCUGGAAAAUAUCAGCUGUUUGCCUUCAUCAGCCACAUGGGCACUUCAACUAUGUGCGGACAUUAUGUUUGUCACAUCAAGAAAGAUGGCAGGUGGGUGAUCUACAACGACCAGAAAGUCUGUGCUUCUGAGAAGCCCCCCAAGGACCUGGGCUACAUCUACUUCUACCAGCGGAUUCCCAGCUAG